CUCUCAUUUCCUCCCACCCAGCAUGCAAUUGCUUCGACGCGCUGCGGCGGGCGCUGCUGUGCUGCUCAUCCGCGGUGCAGAUGGGAUCAAGGCUCAUUUCUCCCAUCGAUUUGAAUACGAAGAUUUCAUGGCCGCACCAAUGAACGCAAACAGUAUGGUAGUCCGUUGGAACUCGCAAUGCCCGGUGCAAGAAUUCGGCAUGGAGGUUGGAGCAGAAGUCGUCAUCACCGUCGAGCACGCAGAGGCGCCAGUGGCGUUUUCGUUAUUCAACUACGAGCAAUGGGCGACGUAUCGGUCGUUGGUCUUCGAUGUAGCAUCCUUGGAAGCAUACAAAGAAACCCUCGCCAUCACGUGCAUGCACGCAGCAACGACUCGCGUCAUGUUUGACCCAACCGUCGAUGCCCUCAACACAACGUACAAGAUCCAAAUUGCAGCGUCCAGUCAGUACACAUUUCAAGUCGAAAGCUGCACGAUGCAGAACAACUUCGUGAAUGCGUCGAUUUCCAUGGUCAACUUGGGCUGGGACAACGAAUUGAGCGAGCACAUGGGCGUGGAGCAACUAGGGCUCAUCCCCCUCUACAAAGUCGUCACCGCGAUGUAUGCGUUGGGCACCGUGGCAUGGCUCGCCGACUGCCUGGUCAAAACGAAAUACACACCGACCAUCAACUUUGUGCUGGCGGCGGCUCUCGUGGGCGAAGCGGCGAAGGCCACCACCAAGCUGCUCUAUUACAAGGACUUCAGUGCGAAUGGCAUCGAACACUCGGUGGUCGCCACCGCUCGCAACGUGUUCGAGGGUGCAACAGACACAGUGUUCAUGUCGUUUCUCGUGCUAUGUGCGAUGGGGUGGUCGUGGUCGCGACGGAAGCUCACCCUUCCCGAACGCCGGUUCUUUUCGAUGGUGCUUGUCCUGUACAGCACCGUCGCGACGAUCAAGGCCACGUGCAGCGCGAAAGAGCCCACGUGCCAAGCGUACUUUGUACGAAUACACUGGUUCGACGACGUGUGAGGGUCAUCCAAACAAACGCUGUAGCUGACAGAGUACGCCAUCAAGAGCCUCGUCAUGCUCGGUAUCAUCAUCGCCCUCAAUUACAACAUCACGCGAAUGCAGAUGCACUCGGAUGGGAUGCGGUGGCAUGGCGACAACGUUCCAGUACAUUACGCCUGCCUGGAGCUCCUGCGGUGCGCAUCCUUUCUUUGCAUGCGUGACCUUGUUUUUUUUUACGUGAUGUCAGGAACUUCCGCUUGUCUUUCGUCGCAUAUUUGCUCAUGCCGAGCGUUGUCGUCCUUGUAAACGUACGACAAUCAACCCUCAGUCGCUAUUGCGAAUGAAUCUUGCGACGGUGUAGGCUGGCUUGUUGCUUCCUCCCGGGUCGUGGCGACUGCACUGGGCCAGUUGUAUGAACGAAGAGUUGUUCAUGCUUGGUAUUUAUUGCCACCUUGCGUACACGCUGCGCCCGAUGUCGCCGUCGGUGUUUCAAGUGGUACGGGCUCGUCCAGUGUGUGUGUGUGGCUGAGCGACGUCAACUUCUAGAUCUGCAAACCGGAUCCACCGACCGAGUAACGCAUUCGAAAACGACUUGCCGUGUUAAAUAAGGAAUCGAUGACGUGUCACGCGCCGAGUUCAUUCGGUUUGAACAAAAGGGUGGCCGAGAUCCGUCGUCGAACGCUGUUUUCUUGGAGUUGCAUAAUCGAGUGGCACCGGUUCGUCGUCAUGAACUUGCACUUGAACGCACCGGUGGUUGGAAUGUCCGCCUCGUCGCCCCAUUCCUUCAGCAUGUCCGGCACGUCCUUUCCGUCGAGGACAGUUUCCAUCAACGUUCCUUCUUCCGCAUGAGCGAGCUGGAGCAAAAUCGACGCGACGUAGCGGUGGUCGUGCUCGGCCAAGUUGAGUUCGUACUUUCCGCACGGCGAGAUCGGGUUGAACACCUGAAACAACGACCAUGUCGCUCCAAUUCGUCGACCAUGGGGAUGCAUUCUCGGCUACCUGGACGAUGCCGACGCGAUCGAUAAGUUUCUUGCGGCUACUGCUGUCCAAGACGCUCAGAGCAUCGUUGAAAUUGCUUUCGUCGACGAUACGGCCGAGAAGAAUGACAAAAACUUCGAGGCGGACCACGACGUUGUUGAGUUUCUCAUACGGGCUGAAGUAUUCCAUCAAGCGCUGGGCAUGGCGCGCGGUAAAGUAAUACCUAAGUGCACCCGAUCCGAUGAAACGUGUGGUCGCUGCGAUGGCGUACCGAUUCGAAAUGGCCCGCAAACCCACGAGUUUCAUAUCUGGAAUGGCUUUGAAUUCUUUGAAAAACUGCUCGAACGCGGCGUCCGUAAUGGGAAUCGCGCCGUGCGGCGGCCGCCGCGUCACGACGAAAUCAAAUUCGAGCACGCCAAAGCGAGGCAACGACCAGGACGAGUCAAACACGAUUGCCUUGUGGUUGUACCUACACCCAGUGAGAGCCACACGUUCAGCACUUGGUGGCGACAAGGGGCGGCGUCACCUGGCGUUACGAAAUCC